UGAAGAAGGAGAGGGAGAAGAAGGAAUAGUGGUGUGGUGGAAGUAUUACUAGUUUCACACACACACACUCUCUCUCUCUCUCUCCCUCCUCUCUUUCUUCAAAUUUCAUAGCCAACAGAACCCACUGAAGAAACUAAUAAUCAUGAAACACCCUCUGCGCCCAACACUCCAAAAAAGCAAUUCUCUCCGCCAUCAAAACCUUCCGUCCCUUAAAUUUGCUUCUCUCCAAAGAACCCAUUUCUCAAACACAAUCCACCAAAAGCCAUGAACCACUACCGCCCUUCUUCUUCUUCUUCUUCUUCUUUCCCUCUCUUUCUCACCACAUUUUCAGUUUUCUUCUUUCUUAGAAUAUUCCUAGUCUUCUCCUCCCCCACCACCGCCGGCGCCGUUCCCCUGCAGCUCUCCGCCCUCCUCUCCCUGAAAUCCUCCCUCAACGACCCUCUCAAAACCUUAGAUGACUGGCAGUGGGACCCCACCCCAGCCUUGUCCACGUCUACUAAUGCUGCUGGUUCUAAGCCUGUUUGGUGCUCGUGGUCCGGCGUCAAAUGUGACCGGAAGGCCUUCCAAGUCACGGUGCUGGACCUCUCCAGGCGCAACCUCUCCGGCAGAAUUCCGCCGGAGAUAAGAUACUUGACCCACCUUCAUCGCCUGAAUUUGAGCGCAAACGCUUUCGACAGCACCCUUCCGACUCCCAUUUUCGAGCUACCGUAUCUCAGAACUCUCGACAUCAGUCACAAUAUGUUUAACUCCACGUUUCCGCCGGGCAUAUCAAGGCUCAAAUUCCUCACCUUCUUCAGUGCUUUUAGCAACAACUUCACCGGGGCCCUGCCCGAAGAGAUCGUCCGGCUCCGGUACCUCGAGUACCUAAAUCUCGGCGGAAGCUACUUCGACGGUGCGAUUCCGGCAAGCUACGGCAAUUUUCCGAGGUUGACGUUCUUAUAUCUGGCAGGAAAUUCUCUAACCGGCUCAAUUCCAGCAGAGUUGGGGUCCUUGGUCGAGCUCGAGCACCUAGAGCUCGGAUAUAACGGGUUCGACGGCGGGGUUCCCCCAGAGUUUGGAAAGUUGUCAAGUUUAAAGUACUUGGACAUCUCUAGAGCUAAUCUUUCCGGUGAACUCCCCCUUGAAAUCGGGAAACUGUCCAUGCUCGAAACGCUAUUGCUGUUCAAGAACAGAUUAUCGGGGUCGAUUCCGCCGAGUUUAGGUGAACUGAAGGCGCUGAAAGCUAUUGAUUUAUCAGACAACCAAUUUUCAGGGCCAAUUCCAGGAGAGUUUUCUUCUUUGACAGAGCUGAAGAAUUUGAGCUUAAUGAGCAACCAACUCAGCGGUGAAAUACCAGAGGGCAUUGGCGAGCUUCCGAACCUCGAAAACCUGGCUCUCUGGAGCAAUUCCCUCAGCGGAAAUUUACCUCAGAUGCUAGGAUCCUUCCAAAUGUUGCAGAAGCUCGAUGUGUCCUCGAAUUCACUCACGGGUCCAAUACCUCCCAAUCUCUGCCACGGAAAGAAGUUGGAGAAACUCAUACUCUUCGGCAACAAUUUCGCAGGCGCUCUUCCUCCAUCGCUUGCAAAUUGCACUAGCAUGGUAAGGUUCAGAAUACAAGGCAACAAUCUCAACGGCUCCAUACCAAUUGGAUUUGGUUCUUUGCCGAACUUGUCCUUCAUAGAUGUGAGCAAGAACAGUUUCACAGGUCCAAUUCCAAGAGAUUUUGGCAAUGCAGUGAAGUUAGAGUACUUGAACAUAUCAGAGAACUCGUUCGACUCAGAGUUGCCGGACAACAUAUGGAGUGCACCGAAUUUGCAGAUAUUUUCCGCCACCGCAUCCAAACUUAUUGGUAAAAUUCCAGAAUUCAUCGGCUGUCGAAACUUGUACAAGAUCGAAUUAGACGCUAACAAUCUGAGCGGCAGCAUUCCUUGGGAUAUUGAUCACUGUGAUAAGUUGAUCAACCUGAAUAUGCGUCGCAAUUCGCUUUCUGGCAUCAUUCCAUGGGAGAUAUCGACGCUUCCGUCAAUUACCGAAGUUGAUUUAUCACGCAACCUCUUGACAGGGACAAUACCUUCCAAUUUCGGCAACUGCAGCACACUGGAGACCUUUAACGUCUCGUUCAAUCACCUCACCGGAUCAAUACCGUCAUCGGGAACGAUUUUCCCCAACCUCCACCCUUCCUCUUUCACCGGCAACGAAGGACUAUGCGGCCGGAUCCUUCGGAAACCGUGCCCCUCGGACGGCCUCGCCGCCGGCGCGAUGGAGGUGCGGCAGCAGCCGAAGAAGACCGCAGGCGCGAUCGUGUGGAUCAUGGCGGCGGCCUUCGGGAUCGGCCUGUUCGUUCUCAUCGCCGGCAGCCGGUGCUUCCAUGCUAGCUACAGCCGUCGAUUCGCCGCCGACCGCGAGAUCGGGCCGUGGAAGUUGACCGCCUUCCAGCGGUUGAACUUCACGGCGGAAGACGUGCUGGAGUGCCUGUCGAUGACCGAUAAGAUAAUCGGAAUGGGAUCCACGGGCACCGUCUACAAGGCGGAGAUGCCAGGUGGCGAGAUAAUCGCGGUGAAGAAGCUCUGGGGCAAGCACAAGGAGACGGCGAGGCGGCGGCGAGGCGUUCUGGCCGAGGUGGACGUGCUGGGGAACGUGAGGCACCGGAACAUAGUGAGAUUGUUAGGGUGCUGCAGCAACAGCGAGUGCACGAUGCUGCUGUACGAGUACAUGCCGAACGGGAGCUUAGACGACCUGUUGCAUGGCAAGAACAAGGGCGAGAACCUGGUGGCCGACUGGCUCACUCGCUACAAGAUCGCGUUGGGCGUGGCGCAGGGGAUUUGCUAUCUGCACCACGACUGUGACCCGGUGAUCGUGCACCGCGACCUGAAGCCCAGCAACAUACUGUUAGACGGCGAGAUGGAGGCCAGGGUGGCGGAUUUCGGUGUCGCCAAGCUCAUCCAGAGCCACGAGUCCAUGUCGGUCAUCGCCGGCUCCUACGGCUACAUUGCGCCGGAAUAUGCAUACACAUUACAAGUGGACGAGAAGAGCGACAUCUACAGCUUCGGUGUGGUGUUAAUGGAGAUUUUGACGGGGAAGAGGUCGGUGGACGCGGAAUUUGGGGACGGAAACAGCAUCGUGGAUUGGGUGAGGUCGAAGAUCAAGAGCAAGACCGGGCUGGCCGAGGUGCUGGACAAGAACGCCGGCGCGUCGUGCGCCUCCGUCCGGGAAGAGAUGAUGCUGCUCCUCAGGGUGGCGCUGCUCUGCACUAGCCGGAACCCCGCCGACCGCCCCUCCAUGAGAGACGUGGUGUCUAUGCUGCAAGAGGCCAGGCCCAAGCGGAAGUUGCCCGGCAACAGCGGCGGCGGAGGCGGCGGCGACAGUCCUAAAAAAGCAUCGGAUAGUCCUAAAAAGGCAGCUGCCGAAUGUUAAUAGAAUUGGUUGUUUGGCUUGUUUUUACAUUUUCCAUUUUUCCCUCUUUUUUUUUUUUCAGAAUUUGGGGAUUGGUAUAGGAGGAAGUGAUUUUUUUCUUUUUUUUUCUUUUUUGGAUUUUCUCAUUGUACUUUGAAUCUGGAAUAGAAUUUUCAAGUGUUCUGAUUC